CCGCCAAUCCCACUAACCUGACAGCUUUCUAACGGCUCCAUCGUGGGCGAAGCUCUUUUAUUCUCCAUCUCCACACUCCCUGUCGCCUCCAUCCGUACAACAAUACACCAUCCCACCGGCCCCCAUUGUAUAAACCACCCUGCGCAACUGUCCUGAGCUCGAAAUCGACAGCAUGUCUGCAUUCCUCGCCCGCCGUACCGCCCUGAGCGCACGCCGCGCCUUCUCUACCACCAGCCCCAGGGAGUUGGCCAAGAUCACCAUCGUUGGCAACCUGGCCGCCACACCUGAGCUCAAGGCUACUUCCACCGGCCGUGAGGUCAUUGAGUAUGCAGUCGCCUCCAACUCUGGCCCGCGCGACAACCGCACAACCAGCUGGUUCCGUGUUGCUGCUUUCGAGGCUGAGGGCCCUCGCCGGGACUACUUGACUAGCCUUCCCAAAGGAUCAACCGUCUAUGUUGAAGGCAACGCUGUCAUGAGCACUGUCCCCGAUCAGAACAACGAGGGCAAGUCGCGGUCAUUCUUGAAUAUCUACCAGACAAACUUCGAGGUGCUCCGUCGCAGCCAAGACGCUGAGGGUACCGAAUAAUUUCACGCCGAAUCGAAAACUAUGUUUGCCAUGUAUGAAACCAACACCCGUUAGAUGAUGAGACACUCCUCUCUGGACCUUUUCAUAUGUGUAUUGCGCCUGUCUAUUUGGGGGGUUUCAGAAUUAUUGUAUAUUACGACUCUUGGGCGACUUGAUACCCAAAACUACUUUUUUUUUUCUCUUCA